GGUAACAACAGCAUUGUGGAUUUAGAAGUCUCUGUAGACUUUGGCAAUGGUGGGAGACUGUUUUUGGUUGAUGCCUAUCCGUCCACAAUUUAUUCCAGUGGAUCAAUACAACUAAGACUCGUCAAUAAUUUUACUUUUGAUGCAUGGAUGACCACGUUAAACAUAUCUGUGAAGGCUGUAGACAGAGGUGUACCAAGACGGUCUAGCUCUUGUCAAGUGAUGGUUCACAUCAACGAAACUAACAAAUUUUACCCACAAUUCAUUUCAAGCGCCUAUAGUUUCAUGAUUCCAGAAAACUCAAAAUAUGGAACUCUAGUAGCAAAUGUACAGGCCCAUGAUAUGGAUACUGGAAAUUAUGGAAAGGUUCAAUUCACGUUAUCAGAAACAGAUAAUUUGUUCAGCAUCAACUCUAAGACUGGAGUAAUAUCAGUGGCAUGUAACAGCAGUUGCUUGGACAGGGAAAGACAGAGAGUGUACUAUAUGUCAGUUGAAGCAAGAGAUGGUGGAGGAAAGGUGUCGUCUGCUCCUGUGAAAAUAACACUCAUGGAUGUAAACGACAACAGUCCGAUGUUUUUACAGCCAAAAUAUGAAUUUGGGAUCACAGAAAACUCUUCAUUACUCUCAGGAAGGAAUAACUUCACUGUACAUGCAUUUGAUUACGACGAACCUGGUACAGCUAACAGUUUGAUAACGUACUCUCUUCUACCUCGACCAGACACCCUAGACAAACAUUUCACCAUUAGCAGCACUACUGGGUCCAUCCGGGUCGUUCACCCUCUGACACGUGACCAGCUAUCCUCUAUCCCUGGUGGAAGACUAGAACUAGCUGUUACUGCACAUGACCAUGGUUCUCCAAGUCGGACCUCAACCGUGUCUGUAACAGCUUUUUUACAGGCACAGUUUCACUCAUCUACAUCGAGUGCAUGUAAUAUUUCAAGUACAACGACAUCAGUGAAGCCCACUCAACAUUACUUGAACACUUUUUCAGGGCAAUCAUUUGUGUUGUGUGAAGGACAAACGGGUUACAUUCAAUGUGAAGUAGGGAAGCUAAUCCGAAUUCUCUCUGCCGUGUAUGGAAGACUCACAAAUGACAUUUGUCCUUCAAGUAACCUUGGUUCUCUUCAGUGUCAGUCCCACUUCUCCACAGACCGUGCUAAGUGGUCCUGUAACGGCUACAGACGCUGUAGACUGUCAGCUAACAGCACCAUCUUCAGGGAACCAUGUGUCGGUGUCGACAAAUACUUGGAGGUUUCUUUUCAUUGUGUCGAACAACCCGAUAUGGUUCAUAUAUUUGGGUAGCCUUUUUUUCUGAAACACAUUCAGAAC